AUGCUCUUUUCAAUUCAUCUGAUACCGUCCAUUGCGGCAAUUCUCUGUUAUGGUGCCGACCUUGCUGUCGGGCAAGUCCCUUCCAGGCUUCAAAGUAUCCUGAGCAACACCCACAAUAGCAAAGAAUAUGGCUAUCCGACCGAUAUUACUAGGGAUCUGCAUCCAAUCCCAGUACAUUCUCACAAUGAUUAUUGGAGAGAGCGACCAUUCUAUACCGGACUAUCGAAGGGUUGCACAUCAACAGAAGCUGAUGUCUGGCUGUAUAAUGACACUCUCUAUAAGGUUGGACACGAUCAAUCUUCGUUAACAAAAGAUCGGACUCUCCAAUCACUCUACAUCAACCCGAUUCUUGACAUUUUGGAAAGGCAAAAUCCAGAGAGCCCCUUUGUAACUGGGACCACAAAAAAUGGCGUGUGGGACACCACCCCCGAUCAAACGCUCUACUUCUUCAUUGACCUUAAAACCUCUGGUCAUGACACUCUCAAAGCUGUGAUCAAGGCGCUAGAGCCCUUGCGUCAAAAAGGCUACUUGACUACAUUGCAAGGAGGCCAAAAUCUUACCAACGGCCCGGUCACUGUCAUUGGAACAGGAAACACGCCUCUAGAUAUGGUCGCACCUGUGUCUGAUCGUGACUAUUUCUUCGAUGCCCCUCUAGCAGACUUGGGGAAGCUGGAAUACUCCAACAUCACCGCCCUCAUUUCUCCUAUUGCGUCAACCGACUUCAAAGCAACGGUUGGGACAGUCACGGUGGAUACGGAUCCCAUUUUGGAUGAUGACCAGCUCAAGGCUCUCCGUGACCAAGUUUCCCUUGCAAAGAGCCGCGGAAUCGGCGCACGUUAUUGGAACACUCCCUCCUGGCCGGUGCGCACCCGGAAUUUAGUCUGGCGCACGCUCUUACGCGAGGGGGUCGCAUUACUCAAUGCUGAUGACUUGGACGCUGUUCUUACGGAGUUCUAG